GUCACUCAUCCAUCCAUCCAUGUAUAAAUAUCCCAUGAAAUCUCUGCCCCGGCCCAGUCUAUCUCUCUUAACUGAGUCCACAUACAAGCUCCCGUGUUGAACUUGAAUUCUUUUUGUCUCCCCCUCUUCUCUAUUCUGCAGCCCGCGUCUACAAAAUCAGGGAAAAUUAAGGAUCGAAAGGGGAGAACAAUUCUCGAUUACUCACUGGUUCCUUUGGGACUUGUUACGAUGGUGGCAUACCACGUAUGGCUUCUUUAUCGAAUCAUGAAGCACCCCACCAAGACUGUCAUUGGCAUCAAUGCUAUCAAUCGCCGCUUCUGGGUUAGAGCCAUGAUGGAGGACGUGUCCAAGAAUGGAGUUCUCGCAGUGCAGACGCUGAGAAACAAUAUAAUGGCAUCCACCGUCUUGGCAUCAACAGCCAUCAUGCUCAGCUCCCUUAUUGCCAUUCUCAUGACAAGCGGCAGCGGAGACAAAUCAGCCAGGAAUUUUGUGUUUGGGGACAGGAGUGAGUUUGGGUUGUCUAUCAAGUUCUUCUCAAUACUGGUGUGCUUCCUGGUGGCAUUCUUGCUGAAUGUGCAGUCAAUCAGGUACUACAGCCAUGCAAGUAUCCUCGUCAACGUGCCCUUCAAGAAGAUGUGCCCUAAUCAUCGCCAUCAGCAUCUCAGCACCGAGUAUGUGGCGAGGUCCGUGAACAGGGGUAGCUAUUUCUGGUCAUUAGGGCUGCGUGCCUUCUAUUUCUCGUUCCCACUCUUUUUGUGGAUCUUUGGGCCCAUUCCAAUGUUUUUGUCAUGCGCUUUCCUGGUAUCCAUGCUCUAUUUCCUGGAUAUCAACUUGCAAACUGGGUGGGCUGUUGGUGACGAGGACGACGAUGGCGGCCUCAAGGACGUGGGGUCCCAAAGUCAAGUUUGAUUUCUCUACUAGAGAUGUACUUGAUGUGUACUAGACUAAAACAACAACAAAUAAAGUUAGGGAUCUAGGCAGCAGCAGAAAGAAACAAACUGCAAUUCAUUUUCAAUACCAAAGUUGACUUGAAUUGCGUUUCAAUUUCCAAGAAAAAGAAGAGGCCGUAUCUGUGUUUUCUAUUGUUAUUUUGCAGACUAUGCUUGUGUGCGCAA